AUGAACAUCCUACGCCGCUACAACGACUUCCUCACCAGAAGACCCCUCGUGGCCAACAUCCUCAUGUCCGGCACCCUCUUCGGUGCCGGCGACGUCAUCGCCCAGCUGCUCUUCAUCGACGCCGACUACGACUACCUGCGCACCGCCCGCAACAGCGUUUACGGCGGCCUCAUCUUCGCCCCCAUCGCCAGCCACCUCUACCGGGGGCUCAACUCCCACUCCGCCGCCCGCCGCGGCGCACUGCUCGACACCGCUGCCCGCGUCGCCGUGGACCAGCUCUGCUGGUCCCCCGUGGGCAUUGCCCUCUAUUUCUCCUGCAUGGGCGCCAUGGAGGGCGAGCCCGCCGCCGCCGUGGCCGCGCGCCUCCACGAGGGCUGGUGGGAGACCCUAGUCACCAACUGGCGCGUGUGGCCGCUCCUCCAGCUCGUGAACUUCCAGCUCGUGCCCGUUGCGCACCGGCUUGCCGUGGUGAACGUGGCCAGCGUGGUGUGGAACACGUACAUGAGCUACGAGAAC